GCCAAAUAUAUUUCUUGCGCGGAAUAAUCGCCAUAUUGGAUACGCUAUAAAUACCAUAGUGUUUUCCGUGCCUAAAAUAGCACAGAAGUUGAAGAUUUUAUUCGACAAGAUCCUACUGGAUAGUAAAAAUAGCAACUUAGUUAUUUUUAUAAGCUGGAAACUUAAACAUAAAAGAAAAUGGGAAGAAAGAAGAUUAGCAUAACCCGAAUCAAUGAUGAAAGAAAUAGACAGGUUACAUUUACCAAGAGAAAGUUUGGUUUGAUGAAGAAAGCCUAUGAAUUAAGUGUCCUGUGUGACUGUGAGAUAGCCUUGAUUAUAUUUACCAGUAACAACAAGCUGUACCAGUAUGCUAGUUCUGACAUGGACAGAGUUUUACUGAAAUAUACUGAGUAUAAUGAUACCGUUGUUAGUCAAACUAACAAGGAUAUUGUAGAGAUGUUAAACAAGAAAGACAUCUCUGGUGAAGGAGCUGAUGAUGAUGACAACUAUGUACUCACACCAAGGACAGAGGAAAAAUACAAAAAGAUAGAUGACGACUUUAAAAAAGCCAUGGAGCAGGGACAUAAUCAAGGACAGUACCAACAGAUGAAUGUUACAGUGCCUGUCGGUCAACCUGUCCAGAAUGCAGCCUUCACUAUACAGCAACAACAGGCUGCUCUACAACAGUUACAAAAUCUCCAGCAACAGGCAGCACAAGCCAGCCAAGCAUCCACUUCUUCUGUUGUCAUGUUACAACCUAACACUACACAUACUGUGUCGCCUUCCUCCAGUACCCAGUCAGUUAAGGUUGUGCAUACAGACCAAAGUACAUCAGAGACUCCCAGUAGGGGAUUUAUGUUGCCUUCAGGUCUUAGUCUCAGCAAAGAAAUGAUUCAGAUGUUGACCAACCCUCAAUCGCAGACACAAGCUGAAAAAGAAAAACCAAGAUUACGAGUUGUUAUACCUAGCAAAGAUAAAGAUUCGUCAUCGGGACAGGGUUCAAGUAAAUCUGGAUCAUUAGACACACCCUUAGUUUCCCAGGCCACUCCAAGUCAACAGGUUAAUACAUCACUUCCUUCAGCUUUACCAUCUGGCCUUCUACCUAGUGAUUUAAGGAUAGACAGUGCUGAUUUGGCAAACUUACUGGCCCCUUGGGCUCAAAACCCUGGACCACUGACAGCAGCCAUACAGUCCUCUGGUAUUACAUUGACACCUGGUGUAAUGACUCCUACUACAAUGAGUCUACAAAACUUGUUAAUACCAGCCAACCAGGCAGCUGCUUUACGAUUUUUAGGGGAACAACAGAAUAAAAACGUUAAAACAGAACCCUCAUCACCACGGAAACGAUCGUCUGCUGAAGAUAGUGAUGAUGACAGAGAAGACGAAGGCGACCCACCAGAGAAAAAAUCAAGAUCUACAUCAAAUCGGUGAUGAGGGCUCAAUUUUAACCAUGUACAUAUGUAAAUAGUUGUAGCAAUAAGUGAGAUUCUUACAUCAUGUUUAUAAAUAGAAUUGUAUGGAAUGUAUGAUAACUUUAAUAGUGCUAUGAGGUAUGAACAAAGAAUGAAAGAUUUCAUAUGAAAUAAAAUUAGCUUUCCUCAUAAAAUGAUCUGAUCAUUGAACCAUGUAAUGGUGUUGUUUAUGAAACAUAUCAUCCGUUAAUUUGAUCAUCAAUCACUUUAUAUGCAUCUCAUAUUAUUGUACUUUGUAUGUCAAAACUUAAUACCUUUGUUCAACUGAUGAAAAUAAUGCUUUUUAAUACAACAUUAUUACUUGAUGUGUAAUGAUUAGUUUAAAUUGCAUUCUGUUUGUUAUUGGUUGAUUUUACCACACAUUUAUAACUUCUGUUGCCAUAGCUACAUUGUACAGAACCCAGAUCUGCCUUAACUAUGUUUUUUUUGUUUGUUGAAUUCCAUAACCAUUUCUGAAACAGUAACAAAACCUGAUCAUGACGAAACAUUUAAUCUGGAAGUGUUACUAUUAUAAUGUAUUUUUGUUAGUGAUGAUUAUAUGCAGUUAUAAGGAACAAUAUUUCUCAACAUCUCAGUUCUAUAUUAGAAUGAAGAUAUUUAUAUUGAUGAUGUUCACCUUUUUUUACUGACAUUAUUUUCGUUAAACCAAACCUCACUCCCCUUAAAUUACAAUAUGUGGUGCAUAGACAAUCCCUUCUAAGCUCAGAUUGAAUCCAGAUCUUAUCAUGACUUAUCCAUUAUAUUGUGAUGUAGAAUAGAUUAUCUCCCUUUGUGCAGAUAUUUGGAUUAUCUCCCUUUGUACAGAUAUUUGAAGUCAAUACCACAAUCAUUCAGUUGUUAUUAAAACAUCCUAUAUGUUCAUACUAGAUGAGUCCUUUUAGAUUGAUACAAUAAAUGUUCAUUUGAUCAAUAUUAAUUCCAGUUGCCAUGGUUAAUUGUUUCUUCUUUGAAUUCAUUUAAAAAAUAUGGUUACUGUUGAGUGUUUAAAUUUGUGGUUUUUGAUUAAUCAGAACACCUGCAAAAAUAUAUGUACUACAAUCAUUUGAACAAGAGAAUGAAUUAAAUAAUGUACAUUCAGAACUCUAUUUGUGAUAAUUUUUGUUAAAAAAAAUUAAAUAAAAUGUGCCUUUCAUUAAAAAAGAUACCAGUGAAUUCAACUGUUAAUUGAUUUAUGUUUUGAGCGCAUGUAUAAAUACCAUACAUAUUAAAAUAUCAUAAACUACUAUAAUUUUACUUAAUAAAUCUAAAGUCCCUACACUAAAAUUGAAAUCAUAGUAUCAAAUUGAAUGCAAGAUAAAAUUAUGUAUAAUAUAUAGAGCAAGUUUGAAUCAUGGUAUAUAACAUAGAAAAGUUGUGUAUGUGUGUGUUGUUUACACCGGUGGUACAUUUUUAUGCACUCUGUCAAAACAUUUACAUUUUUAUAAUAAUAUCUGAAAAAAUAAUCUAGUGCCAAAGCUGGAAUUGGAUAAAUGAAAUGAUGAUGUAAGUUCAAUUAUCAGACUUUUAGUCAGUUAGAUGAACUUAAAAAAAAUGUUUGAAAUAUACAUGGUCACAUUAUAAGUAUUUUAAAUAUAAAACAAUGUUGUUGAAAAAUUUAACACUAUAUUCACUGUUUUCACUUAAUGCGAGUUGCUUCAUAAUUUUAUUUUUUUCCAGGAAAGUAGUUAAAUAAACUUUCAAGAUUUGUGUUCAAGAAAUUAAGGCCAUCUUACUUAUUUGCAAGCUAUAUGCAGUUCAGGACUGUCUUAUUCAUAAGCUAAAAUCUGGUUAAAGGGAAUUUAUUUGAGCUCUAAAUGAGCAUUAAAUGCAGAAAAGUAUGUUAUUCUUUGACUUUCACUGUCUGUAAUAUACAAAUUGUUGGGAAGUGGGAACACUUAGUAAUUCGAAAGGAAUUUAUAGUUAUGUUUUAGACAGAAUGUAGAGGAUAGUUAAAUGAUGACUCAAAAAUAAAUUUUUUGAAAAACUAAUUAAAAAUUAAAACGUUUAAAUCUUGAUUUGAAAAUGGUAAAGAUGAAAUAAUUAUUUUAAUUUGUUGGUUUUAAAAUUAUUUUGUUACUUUAUGCAUCAUUGAAAUCCUAUAUCCCAACUGUUUUGUUUCUGUCAUGUUAAGAAAUUGUUUAUUAAAUGAUUAUUCUGGUAUUUUUCAUCAGAAGUUUUGUACAUAAAUAUGCAUAUUAAAAGAUUGAAAAGUU